AUGUCAACUACCAGACAAAGACUCACUCCCUCUAAAAUUAAAUUAAAUGAUCAAAACACAUUUUAAAUUCAUAAACUGAAUUCAUGCAUUAAUCAUUAAAAUAAGAAAGCCAAAUAUCGUGUUUUAAACGACUUUUCAUUGUAAUUGUGUUCCAAAUGUGCUGUUAGUAUGGUUGGAAAGGGAAGGAAAGUCGAAGAAAUCCCAGGAUUAGAGGAUGAAUACAGAAGAGACCAAAUCCUUAAAUUUAUUAUCUCAGUCAAUAAUUCAUUACCUUAAAUCGACAAACUCAUGAAUGCCUUAAUUGCUAAACGAGAAGACAUCCACAAAUACUAUGAUCAAUAAAGAGACAAAGUUGAAAAAUUCCACAUCCAAAUAAGCCAAUUUUUAGAAGAUGAAAAAAUGCGAUUGCUCUAGCAAUUAUUCAAUAACUUCAAAACUCUUUCCAAACUCUAUGAUGACUCCAUAACUUGCCUAUAAAUCUCAAGGUCUGAGACCAUCAGUAUGAAAAAUGAUGUGGAAUCCAAUCUAGAUGGAAUUCUAAAACAAAUGCAAAAUGAACCUUUUAAUGAAAUUAUGACUAGCUAUAAGAGGAAUCUAUAAUUAUUCAUAGACAGAACUGAAUCCAUCCAAAAAACACCCAUUGAAAUCUUAAAAGUUACUCUCAAUGAACCAAUCAACAUUUCACAUCUCAUGACUGUCCAUCCACUCAAAACCUGUUUAAUUAAAAAGAAUCUACAAGACCAUAAAAAUUUAAUAGAAUCUAAUGACAGCAUAUGUGCUAGUGUUGAAACCAAAAAACAAUUUACUUAACCAAAAUAACCCAAAAUCCCUCCUUCCUUGAGCAAAACUCCUAGAAAAGAUCACGAUAAUAUUUCACCCUUUGAAAUUAAACAAGAAGAAAUCUAUGAAGAGGCUCCUUCUCAAAUGAUAGAGAGAGAUGAUAUAGAAAAUACCUAUCAUAUGAUGUUGAUCGAUUAUCAAUUAGAUUCUGAGGAUUAAGGAACCGAAAAAGACAUGGUAACUUCUUUUGGCCCAUUAAACAUAAGACCUAAUAGAUUAUUGCCGAAUAAUUAAUAAUUCAUUCAUAACAACAUUUAAAGAUCAAAUGAAAAUAAAAUGGAUAGAAGUCCUGCCUUCUAAGCAAUCCAUACUUCCCUUAAAUUAAUGUGA